CUGCCGACUGAGCUAAACGACCUUAGCCGGGCUAUCUGGGAGAACUGUAGGCCAUGUAUUAAAUGACUGACAAUUGUUGAAGUUAAACGUCAGUAAAGUCGAUUCUUAUAAUUUAUUUUGUACAUGCCUUUCUACUAGUGUACAUAUACAUAUACACAACUGUGUGUACAAAUAUCAACGACAGAAGCAGACUGGAUACAGAGUCUACUGCUCUCGAUCUUUCGUGGGUGGUUUCAAUUCGAGAUCUCUAGAAUGCCAACUCGGGUCGCCUGUUCAAGUGACACAGUGUCACAGCUCAGAAUAUAUGCAAGGCAGCUUCACACCCUUAUUGAAGAAUACCAAGAACUCAUCAACUCCCAUGUUGUAGAGUUCUUCGUAAAGAAUCGAUGGGAGGUAUUCCCUGAGUCCUGGCAAGCAGCCCUUGAUGGCUUACCACCAGAUAUCAUGGCUAAUCAGUUACUAGAUCAUGAGAUGCAUCAGCAGCCCCAGACUGUUUGGCCACUGUCCCUCUUGGCAUACCGUGCUGCCACACAAGCCCUGGCGCUGGACACGACCCCUACGGCCGGUGAUUCCCUCAGCAUUAAAAUGGACCCAGCCCUGAAGCCGAUCGAUCUACUAUGCAGACUACAUGUCAAAGCGAAGAAGAAACAUGAAAUCUUACGCUUGGCCGAGGUGAUCAAUUCUGCAUCCAGGAAAGCGGGAACUGAGAGGGUGGUUGAUGUAGGAUCAGGUCAAGGUCAUCUAUCAAGGUUACUCUCCUUUGGUUAUGGUCUCAAGGUCACCAGUAUUGAGGCCGUUGGUUGUCAUUUGACAGGUGCAGCCAAGGUAGACAAGAAAAUAAAGACCAUUAUCCAGAAGAGAAUAGAAAGGCAAUCUGAACAACCCGUUGAUAGUAUUCCCCACACACUUCCGCAGCAUGUAGAAUGCACCGUUCACCCCCAGAUAACCCCUGAAGAGUUCCUUAAUGUCAUAAACCACCAAUCAGCUGUAAGCAAUGACUCGGACCAGUCUAAGAAGCACAGGAAGCAGGGUGCAGCUCAUUGUGCCGAGGGACAAAACCUUGAGGUUAUGUCACCUGUAGAGAAGUCUACUGAAGCACCUACCAGUCUUGAUCACUUCUUAGAUAUACCUCCACCUUUGGGGCGUCCAGAUCAUGAUCCAACGAAAGAGUCCAGUAAUGCUUGCCUUGAUAGGGUCAAUGAAACAUCAACGCUUCAUCCGUUGGUGUCAGAGGACAGAAGCUCUGAUGCGUUUGUGUUAGCUGGCCUUCAUACAUGCGGUGACUUGGUCCCGACGAUGCUGCGAGUGUUUUCCAAGUGUCCCCAGGCCCGGGCUUUGACCUCGGUCUCGUGCUGUUACAUGAAGAUGAAAUGCGCGCUACCGGAAGCAGUUCCGUCACCUUCUGCAAAUUCCUUGGAACCUGUUCAAAAUGGCGACUUGAGAAAGAUGAUCCAUUCAGAUUCUUUGCAAGAGUCCCCCAUACUAACUGAGAGCCAUGACAGACUGGAAUUUCCAAGAGAAACAUCAGACUCAGAUAAUAACAGUUAUUCCAUGGAUGAUUAUUCAACACUGAAUUUGAAGGGUUACCCCAUGAGUAAGUUUGUUCAGAGUCUUGGUGGGGAAACCAUCGAGUUUACAGCUAUGGAACUAGCCUGCCAUUUCCUUGAAAGCUACCACAAGCGGUUAAAAGCCUCAGAUGCCAACCUGAUUCUCCAUGGGUAUCGUGCAACCUUAGAAGUCAUCAUACACGGCUUUGAUCCCGGGAUGACCCAGUCUCACUCGGGCAUUUGUAGAAUCAAGAAAGCAGUGGCUAGUGUCAGAAAACCCCACCUCAAGACAUUUCAAGAGUAUGCUUCUGGCGUGCUUGGUGCUCUGGGCAUUCCAUGUGAAGACCACCGCCUGGCGGAACUGGAAGAAAUGUGCCGACCAGAAUGGACCAAUGUCAUUACUUUCCACGUGCUUCGUAGUAUGAUGGGUCCCAUAGUAGAGAGUUUCCUAUUGCUGGAUAGGGUCCUCUAUCUCUUUGAUCAAGGUAUAGAGAGCAAACUAGUUCCUGUUUUCGAUGCAAGUAUCUCUCCAAGGAACUUUGCACUGGUGGCAAUAAAGGAUGAUGACCAUAAGCUGAGUUCUACAAAUCUUAAAAGAUGAUAGAUGUUGUCACAUUAGUGAACAACUUUGAUGAAAUAAUUGCAAGAAUUACUGCUUCUCUGCAUACUGAUGUACUCGACAGCCAUAAAGCCUAUGAUUUGUUUUGGUAAAUCCGCAAAAAGGGCUUGUUCCUCCAUGUAUUGAAUUCAUUACUAGAUUAUAUAAAUUUAUAUGACCCAAAAUUGUGUUUUAUUGUAUUUUAUUGAAUUCACUUCAAUCAUGUGCCCGACUGGACUUAAAAUUUCAGGCUAUAAUCUUUUUUUUGUAUC